GAACGGACAGAUGGGAGGUUUGAACAAAUGGCUCAGGAUUUGAAGCUCCGAAUGAGAAAAAUUGAUUUGAGAACAGGAGGUUUAUGCUUGUGACCUGUCCAGAGUAUACCUCGCCCCUCGCACUGUGACUGCUGGAAAUGGGCACCAGUGACCCACGCGACCCUGAAAGGAAGAAGCGUUUACAGAAAAUGGAUGGAUGGUUUAUGUUUGACCCGCUUGAUGCUGACGGCCUCUGCAGCGAGGCAGAGAAACUCCUCGGAAGGCUUCRCACAAGUCUAACCUCAAACCGCGGCGAAGGGGGGAAAACCGAGUUCCUGAUGGGGAACACGAAGAGCAGCGCUUUGUCCAAGGAGCUCCUGGAGGACCUGAAAUCCAACACCAAGUACACGGAGGCCGAGCUGUGCACGUGGUACCAGUCCUUCCUGAAGGAGUGUCCCGGAGGGAAGAUCAGCAAGGAGCAGUUUGAGGGCAUCUACGCCAGCUUCUUCCCGGGCGCCAACCCCACAGCCUACGCUCGCCACGUCUUCAGGAGCUUCGACACCAACGCCGACGGCACUCUGGACUUCAAGGAGUACAUCGUGGCCCUGCACCUCACCUCCGGAGGAAAGACCCUGCAGAAGCUGGAGUGGGCCUUCGCCUUGUACGACGUGGACGGCAACGGAACCAUCAGCAAAAACGAAAUCCAGGAGAUCGUCAAGUCGAUAUUUAACAUGAUCCCUGUCGAAGACCAGAAGAAACUCCCUGAAGAUGAAAACACACCAGAGAAGAGGGCUGAAAAGAUCUGGACGUUUUUCAGGAAGAAGGARAACGAUAAAAUCACAGAAGGAGAGUUCAUUCAGGGCGUGAUGGACAACAAGGACAUCCUGCGGUUGAUACAAUACGACGAGCCUCAGAAGAUCAAAGACAAGCUGAAAGAGAAGAAGCAAUAAUCCAGCUUUUUAUUUUCUGUCAUUUUAAAAUGGUUGUUUGUUUGUUGUUUGUUUGUUUGUUUGUGUUUUAACUUGAUGUGAACGUUUGUCUGAGUUUUGUCCUGACGCUCGUUUGGACUCCAGCUGAGCUCAGUUUAAUGUUUUCAAGUCUGA